AUGGCGGACGCGCAACAGAUUCGAUUGUCAGAGAGGUCGUGGCCGCAUCUUGUGGCUGGCGGAGCCGGCGGUAUAACCACUGCAAUAGCUACAGCACCACUAGACGUCCUACGCACGCGGUUCCAAUCAAAUCUUUACUCGAAUCUCUGGCAAUCCAGCGCAGCCGUGGUCACGCCUCAGACAUCAUUCAUGAAAGCAUGGCUUGAGCGCGUAAAGAUCACAAGUCGAAGCGUAAUCAUGUUACAAAAGGUCCAAGGUUGGCGAGGAUUGUAUACAGGACUUGGACCGAGUAUCCUUGGAGCGGUUCCGGCAACUGCGGUCAACUUCUACACGUAUGGGAACUGCAAACGUAUCUAUGCAGAUUGGUUCGGCCUCAGAGAGAAUGCAUCAAGCGUCCAUAUGACUGCUGCCAUGACUGCAGGCAUCGCCACUGGUACAAUCACAAACCCAAUCUGGGUCAUCAAGACACGCAUGCAACUGGACAGCUCACCAACAACUCCACGACCUCGUCACCGUACCAGUUUGCAAUGUGUCAUGCACAUCUUCGAACAAGAAGGUAUCCGAGGAUUUUAUCGUGGACUCAGUGCAAGCUAUCUCGGUGUCGCGGAGAGCGCCCUUCACCUUGUCCUCUAUGAACGGCUCAAACAGAUCUCACAAAGCAGUAUCGUCGUGCCUCGAGAAGUGUUUGAUCGCCAACAAUCACCACUACGGAAACCAUGGGAUAUCAUCUUGUCCUACGUUGGGGUCAGCGGCUCCGCUGCCAUCGCCAAACUGAUUGCUGGAGUGAUCGCAUACCCUCACGAAGUUCUGCGAACACGUCUACGUCAAGCUCCACUUCCCAACGGAGAUCUCAAAUACACGUCGUUGAAUCAAUGUAUCCGAACCAUCUUGAGAGAAGAAGGGCUUCAUGCGUUUUAUGGAGGAAUCAUACCGCAUAUGUUACGUGCCACGGUUCUAUACUACCUUCAAUAA